AUGAAAUACUACCUAUUAAUUACUUUUCUUUCUAUUUCAUACCUUCUUAAUAUUGAAGGUAAUGAUGAAGUUAAUGAUUCAUUAUCUCUUGAAACUAACAAACAACUUUACAUUUGUGAUGUAAUUCCUGAUCAUUAUCUUUGUUCUUCUGAUGAGACUAUAUCAACACCAAUUAAAAGGAAAUCAGCUUACAUGCGUUUUGGAAGAUCUGAUCCUGAUGUUGUUGAGAAAAGAAAGUCUGCCUACAUGAGAUUUGGAAAACGUUCAACUGGAAACGAUGAAAUAAGAGAUGAAACAUUUAUUCCAGAAAAUGGAAUUGAAAAAAGAAAAUCCGCUUAUAUGAGAUUUGGAAAAAGAAAAUCUGCUUACAUGAGAUUUGGUAAAAGAGGUAUGGAAUUGGAGAACAGUGCUGAUGCCUUUUCACCUUUAGAAAAAAGAAAAAGUGCUUAUAUGAGAUUUGGUAAAUAA